AUGCUUCUGACGACUUUCUUUGUGCUAAAUCAAACCGGUAAUGAAAGGAAUUUCAAAGUGUUUACGUCGGCGUUUUGUGGUUCUUUUAAUAGUGAAGAGGAAAUCAUAUGUGGUGGCAAUGAAAACGAAACGGAGCAAUGGAACGAGUGGAGCACAUUAAUGUUGGGUGACUUGCAAAGGUUACCAAACGAACUCAAACUUCUGAUUCUCUUCAAAACGAGUUUACCAGCAGCUUGCUUGGCUCUCACACUCGACUCCAAACUUCACCAUUUCCAAAAUCUUUUUGAGAAUGUUCCUGAUAUCGGACUGAAAGAUGGAGAGAUUUGUAAAACGGCAGCGUGUUCCUUGCCUGCUGCAUGUGCUUGGGUUAAAGUGAACAAUUAUUGUGGUGUACGUUCUGAAUUACAAAUACCACCAGCAAAGUGGACAUUAAAGUUUAAAAGGCAGACUGAAGGGGUUGGUUAUGACAUGUUUAUGAUAAUUGUCGAUAAUAUACUUAAUGGUAUAGAAAAUAAUUUCCAAGCCAUUCGAGUGCUGAGUGACAUCGGAAAAUCUCGUUAA